AUGAAGGAGGUGCGGACGGUGGUGGUGGGGGUGCAUGUGCGGCUGAGCGACAGUGUGGUGCGAGACCCGCACGCCACCACCAGCAGCGUCACUCCCGCCUCCAUGGCCGCUGCUAUGGAGCAGGCUGCUCCUAUUCUGGCCUGUGCCAAGGCAGUGGAGGACAUGUGGUACCCCCCUCCUCUAACUGUGCGCUGGAUGCUCAUCACCAACUCAAUAGACUUCAAAAUGGCCAUUCGGUCGCACUUCCCUGGCAAGAUUCUCGAGACAAAUUUUGUGCCGCGGCACUCACAGGCAUUUGGUGACAAGGACCAGGAGCAAGCAAAGAGGGAGGCAGAGCAAGGUUACCGGGAGAUGGUGGCUGAGUGGCUCCUCCUGUCGUCCAGCAACUCGUUCGUUCUUCCAAUCUCAGGGUUUUCGCGCACGGCUGCUAUGUAUUCCUUAAGACCAAUGGCUAUUUUCACGCCGCCUCAUUACUGUGACCCGGAACGGCCACAUCAGCAAACGGAUUUUGGGAUUUCUUACAGUGGGAUUUAA